AUGAAUUUUUAUAGAUACUUUAAAUUCCUAACUACUAAGAUUUAGCAGAAGUAUUAUGCUGCCAAAUCCCUAAUCGCAAUGUUGAUUGAGAAAUAUUAAAUAGUGCAGCGUUUGAAUGAAUUAUAAUUGGAGUUACAAUAUCAUUUAGACAAUUAAGUAGGAGAUUUGGCUCAUCAAAGUCUUGAGUAACUCAAGAAACAUGAAUGGGUUCAAUAGGAGAGGGAUUUGAAAUAUUAAGACAAAAGAUAUAUCAAAUACGUAGGGAAAGGUUUGAAGUAUUAAUGCUUACAGAACAUGUUGAGGAUUGUGCCUUAUAAGAGACUUCUUUUACAGAUUAAUUAAAUUAAUUAAGGGCAGAAUUGGAUCAUUCUUAUGACUUAUUCGAAGAAUAAAUACUAAUCUACAUUUUCCAUGAUGUGGCUGGAGUGGAAGUAUGCAUGA